AUGGCGGGGUCGCCCCUCGCCCCGCUGCUGCUGCUGCUGCUGCUGCUGGGACCCCCGCCGCCCCCCGCCCGCGCCGCGCCCCCCCAGCCCGGCACGGCCGGCGGGACCCCCAAACCCAGCGGGGUGUCCCCCAGAAAAGGCAGCACGGCGGGACCCCCCAAAACCAGCGGGGUGUCCCCCACGAAGACCAUCGCCGGGGGACCCCCUAAAAGCAGCGAGACGCCCCCCUGGAAGGGCAGCACGACGGGACCCCCCAAAACCAGCGGGGUGUCCCCCAGAAAGGGCAGCACGGCGGGACCCCCCAAAACCAGCGGGGUGUCCCCCACGAAGACCAUCGCCGGGGGACCCCCCAAACCCAGCGGGGUGUCCCCCACGAAGGGCAGCACGGCGGGACCCCCCAAAACCAGCGGGGUGUCCCCCACGAAGGGCACCACGACGGGACCCCCGAAGGGCGGCACGGGACCCCCGCGGCGGGGCAGCGCGACCCCCGCCAGCCCCGGCCCCUCCCGGCGCGGGGACCCCGCGGUCACCGCCCCGGCGCCCGAGGUGAGGAGGAGGAAGGUGCUGAGGAAGAAGAAGGUGCCGAGGAAGAAGCCGGAGGCUCCGGCCGCUCCGCGGGAGCUCUCGUGUCCCCCCCUGGGGCUGGAGUCCCUGCGGGUGCUGGACGCGCAGCUGCGGGCAUCGAGCCACAGGCGGCACGGGCUGGGCGCGCACCGCGGCCGCCUCAACAUCCAGUCGGGGCUCUCCGACGGUGACCCGUUCGAUGGCGGCUGGUGCGCGGGCCGCGAGGACACCGAGCAGUGGCUGCAGGUGGACGCCGGGCGCCUCACCCGCUUCACCGGCCUCGUCACCCAGGGCCUCAACUCCAUCUGGACGUACGACUGGGUGACGUCCUACAAGGUGCAGGUCAGCAACGACUCGCACGCGUGGCUGCCCAGCCGCAACGGCACCGAGGAGGCGGUGUUCCCUGCCAACCGGGACCCCGAGACGCCGGUGCUGAACGUGCUGCCCGCGCCGCUCGUGGGGCGCUUCCUGCGCAUCAACCCCCAGAGCUGGCACCCCAACGGCAGCGUGUGCCUGCGGGCCGAGGUGCUGGGCUGUGCCCUGCCCGACCCCAGCGAUGCCCACGCCUGGCACCCCCCGGCGCCGCCCGAACCGCCGCUGGAUUUCCGCCACCACAACUACCAGGAGAUGAGAAAGCUGAUGAAGAGGGUGAGCGAGGAGUGCCCCGACAUCACCCGCGUGUACAGCAUCGGGCAGAGCUCCCGCGGGCUGCGCCUCUACGUGAUGGAGAUCUCCGACAACCCCGGGCAGCACGAGCUCGGAGAGCCGGAGUUCCGCUACGUGGCCGGGAUGCACGGGAACGAGGUGCUGGGCCGGGAGCUGCUGCUGAACCUGAUGGAAUUCCUGUGCCGGGAAUUCCGGCUGGGCAACCCCCGCGUGGUGCAGCUGGUGACGGGCACGCGCAUCCACCUGCUGCCCUCCAUGAACCCCGACGGCUACGAGACCGCCUACAAGCUGGGCUCGGAGCUGGUGGGAUGGGCCAUGGGCCGCUGGACGUACGAGGGCAUCGACCUCAACCACAACUUCGCCGACCUGAACACGGCGCUGUGGGACGCCGAGGACAACGAGCUGGUGCCCCACGAGUUCCCCAACCACUACAUCCCCAUCCCCGAGUACUACACCUUCGCCAACGCCACGGUGAGAGUGCACCGCGGGAUCAAGGGCGUGGUCCGGGACGGUGACACCGAGCAGGGCAUCCCCAACGCCAUCAUCUCCGUGGAUGGCAUCAACCACGACGUCCGCACCGCCGCGGACGGGGACUACUGGCGGCUGCUGAACCCGGGCGAGUACGAGGUGACGGCGCGGGCCGAGGGCUACGAGGCGGCCACGCAGCCGUGCCGGGUCUACUUCGAGAACGUCCCCACCCCGUGCAGCUUCCGCCUGGCGCGGGCGCGGGGCCGCCACCGGCCCGGGAGGACCCGGCCGGGCCCCGACCCGGCGCUGCGGCUGCAGCGGCUGCGCCUCCGCCGCCUGCGCGCCCGCGGGCAGUGA